GAUAAGAGGGAGGUCAUAAAGAGAGAUCAGAUAGAAAAGGGAAACGAAUCCAUGAGAAGAAAGUUAUAAAAACUGCCAAGAGAUUCUUGUUUACAUGCGUGCAUUAACAUACCUAAAUUACACGUUUCAUUUGCGUACGUAACACUCAAGCGUUUGAAAGUGUCUCGCAGAUCGGGAGAUGGACAAGAUAAUAUAAAUCUUGCACGGAGAUUUCGUCGUGACUGGAUCUGGUUCACAUUGUUUCGGAUAUAGAGAGGUUUGAUGAGAGAUGAAGGCAGCUAAGAGGUGGAGUGUAGGAAACCUAGCGUCAUUGCCUGGAGCUCGCCACCGUGCUCCUGCAAGAAGAAGGCUAUGGAUGAUCAUGGCGCUUUCACUGAUCAUCAUGACGCUUUCACUGAUCACCAUGUUGGCUAUAAUGGCUUACAUGUACCCUCAUCACAGCAAACGUGCUUGUUACAUGAUUUCAUCAAGGGGAUGCCAGGCUUUAGCUGACUGGCUUCCCCCUUCUCUUAGAGAGUAUUCUGAUGAUGAGAUUGCUGCACGAGUAGUGAUUAGAGAAAUAAUGAGUAACGCUCCUGUUAUAAGAAGGGACUCCAAGAUUGCAUUCAUGUUCUUGACUCCUGGUACAUUGCCUUUUGAGAGGCUUUGGGACAGAUUUUUCCAGGGCCAUGAAGGGAAGUUCUCUGUUUAUAUACAUGCAUCAAAGGAAAGGCCAGUUCACCACAGUCAAUACUUUGCCAACCGCGAAAUUCGCAGUGAUGAGGUGGUGUGGGGAAGAAUAUCAAUGGUUGAUGCAGAGAGAAGGUUGUUAGCUAAUGCUCUUAGAGACCCUGCAAACCAGCAAUUUGUUUUACUCUCUGAGAGUUGUGUGCCACUUCGAAGUUUUGAGUACAUUUACAAUUACCUGAUGUACAGUAAUCUCAGCUAUGUUGACUGCUUUGACGAUCCAGGACAACAUGGAUCAGGCAGGCAUAUGGAUCACAUGUUGCCUGAAAUUCCAAAGAAGUAUUUUCGAAAGGGUGCACAGUGGUUCACCAUGAAGAGACAACACGCCAUAGUAAUCAUGGCAGACAGUCUUUACUACUCUAGAUUCAGGGAUUACUGUGGGCCAGGUAUAGAGAACAACAAGAACUGCAUAGCUGAUGAACACUAUCUGCCAACAUUCUUUCAUAUGCUUGAUCCGGGUGGCAUUUCUAACUGGAGUGUAACACAAGUUGACUGGUCUGAGAGACAGUGGCAUCCCAAAACAUACAUGCCUGAGGAUGUCACACACGAGUUACUAAACAACCUCACGUCUAGUGACACCGUCGUACAUGUCACAAGUGUUGGAAUGGGUGAAGAAAUAUUGAUGCCUUGUAUGUGGAACGGAAUCAAAAGACCUUGCUUCUUGUUUGGAAGGAAGUUUCACCCGGACACGCUUGAUAAACUCUUGGAUCUCUUCUCCAACUACACAAGAUCGGUCUCUUGGCAUUUGUGAUUUAAUUUAAAAGGAUGUUUUUUCUUCUAUACACAACUAAGAUUCUUCUAACACUAUAGC